AUGGAUGGCCCUCGAUCUAGUGGCCUCCACAAGAAAAGGAAGUCGAGGUCAGAAAGAAAUCGGGGGAGAAGAUCAAAUGGGAUAAGGAACAACCGCGUUAAGGGCUCCGUGUUUCGCUUCUCCUCCGACUCGGAGCGAGAGGGUGACAGGGAGCCCUCCUCAUCCCGUCCCAGACCCCCGCGCAGGAAGCGCAAAGAGUCUACUUUUGCAGAGGAGGACAUCAUCGAUGGCUUUUCCAUCACGGGAUUCGUGACCCUGGAGGCUCUAGAGAAGAACAUGACACUGAAGCCCCAGGAGUCCAGAGACAACCAGGCGGGGCCCCUGCACAAGAAAAAGCCUGGCAGGGUCCCCAACGGCCUGAGCCUGGAGCCCUGCAAGAACAAUCACCACCAUCACCAAUCCUCAGACCAGGAGAACAACCCCCGCGUGGCACACACUCAAGGAAAGAAGAAGAAGAAACACCUGAACAAGAAACAUACGAUGCUGAAGCCAGGGCAGAACAACUGUAAGGACAGUGACAGCGAGAGUGUAAGCGGAGAGUCCAAGCCUUCCAUCAGGAGCAGCUCCAGAGACAGACUGACAGAUUGCGACACUGAGAGUGACCAAGACGACAAGGUCUCAGAUGCCGGCUCCGAGAAAUUUUUCAACACAGCUUCAAUUAAAGCUCCAGAUUUUGGCAUUGAUGUGCUCUCCACCAAUGGCAGCCAGGAGCCUCACGGCCCAGGCCUCCUCAAGGUGUCAGGCCUAGAGCGCAGCCAGGAGAGGAGCCAGGAGAGCUGCAGGGACCCCCAGAUCCCUGCAUCCAGCAUCCCGAAUCCACCUCAACCCCCACAAGCCCUCCCCCUGCCCCACCCACAGCCCCCGCCGUCCAUCCCCCAACUCCCGUCCCCUUGUCGGACCCAGACCAACGGCCCCACCACCCAGGCUCCAGCCUCAACUCACCUGCCACCACGUUCAGAGGCUCUCUCCAGGCCUCAGACGCCUGCAGCCCUGCCUCUCGCCCAGGGCCAAGAGCCCUCACCGCCCCCCCCCUCCCCGGCCCAGCACCAGCCUGAACUGCUGUGCCACCCCAGGCCUCCGCCGACACCUAGCCUGCACCCACACCCGCCGUCUCCUGCCCUACCUACCCACCACCCCCACCAACAGCACCCGAGUCAGGCAGGGCCACACCGGCCCCCUUCACGCUGCCACCCUCGGCCCCUUUCUGCCUACAACGGCCUCAGCCUCAACGGUCACAGCAGCAGCAGGAGCAGCACCCCAGGCACCAAGCCCCACGGGCCUCCUGCUCCCUCCUUGCACCUUCCCCAGCACCUGCCACCUCCUGCAGCGGCAGCAGCAGCAGCAGCAGCCUCCACUUUCCCCCUGCCCUUGGUGGCUAACCAGAACACCCCCCACGGCUACCCUCCUGCCUUGCAGUCCUCACCGCACCCACAUCACCCCAAUAUGUUCGCUCCUCCAGCGGCCUUGCCACCACCACCACCACUGACGUCUAGCGCCCUGCCAGUACCUGGACAUCCUGCUGCUGGGAGUGCCUACUCAGAGCAAGACCUUCUACGUCAGGAGCUCAACACCCGUUUCCUGGCCUCCCAGAACGCCGACCGCGGCGCCUCGCUGGGCCCUCCGCCCUACCUGCGCACCGAGUUCCACCAACACCAGCAUCAGCACCAGCAUCAGCACCAACACACUCACCAGCACACCCACCAGCACACCUUCACGCCCUUUCCCCACACCAUCAUGCCCACCCCAGCACCGCCCAUGGUGCGUACCCCUGCCAGAAAUUUUGAAAAAUACCCAACAAAAGUUGAUCCCUUCUACAGACACAGUCUCUUCCACUCCUACCCGCCGGCCAUGUCUGGCCUUCCACCUGUCAUCCCGCCGAAUGGGCCCUUCAGCUCAUUGCAGGGCGCCUUUCAGCCCAAAACUUCUAAUCCACUUGAUGUGUCCACAAGACCUGGAGCCGUCCCUCACACAUUCUUACAGAAAGACCCCAGGCUAACGGAUCCGUUUCGGCCCAUACUCAGGAAACCAGGGAAGUGGUGCGCCAUGCACGUCCAUAUCGCCUGGCAGAUAUACCACCACCAACAAAAAGUAAAGCAGCAGAUGCAGGUCGACCCUCACAAGCUAGACUUUGGACUCAAGCCUGAGUUCCUGAGUCGGCCUCCGGGCCCUAGCCUCUUCGGCGCCAUCCAUCACCCAAACGACCUGGCACGGCCCGCCACGCUCUUCUCCGCUGCAGGUCCUACACACCCAUCAGCAGGUCCCUUUGGACAUCCGCCCCAUCAUCAUGGUAACUUCCUCACUCCAGCAUCUCACUUAGAACCUUUCAGUAGGCCUACAUCAUUUGGAGGACUGGGAGCCCUCAGUUCAUCAGCCUUCGGAGGACUGGGGAAUCCAGCACUAACGGCCAACUCCAUGUUCGGCCAUAAAGAUGGCCCCAACCCACAGCAGCACUUCAACAGCAACAGUAACAACAGCCACCAGGAGCCAUGGAAUCGCCUGCACCGCACGCCGCCCUCCUUCCCCACACCGCCGCCCUGGUUGAAGCCCGGAGAGUCUGAGAGGAGCGCCUCGGUCAGCUCGCACGAGAGGGACAGAGACUCUGACAAACGAGACUCGUUGGUCAGUAAAGACGACAAGGACAGGGACUCUGUAGAAAAACGUCACCCGAGCCAUCCAUCACCAGUCCCCGUCAACCCCAUCAAUCUCCUUGGCCACAGCCGGCCUCCUGAGCACCACAGAAACCACCUGCCCCCUGCACCUCCAGAGCCUCAGAGGGACAAAGAGAACAAGGCCAAAGAGAGGGAGAGGGAGCACUCAGACUCCUGGAAGGACAGUGGCACAGAUGACCACAAGCUCAAAGACAACCAGCACAGUGAUAAGGACACGCCCGUCAUCCACGACGGCCGGGUGUCAGAGGACAAAGUGUCCAACAGGGGGACGGCGUCACCCUACAUCCGGCAGACCAGCCUGGAACGUCCCAAUGGCGGCCUGAGCAGGGAGGUCCUGGAGAAGAAGGCAGAGCUGCCGUACGAGCACCAGAAGAAGAACAGUGAGGUCAAAGUGAAGGAGGAGAGGAAGGAGGAGCAAGAGGGAGUUGCAGAGAGGGCAAGUGAGCACCCAACACAGCCACCCACCACGCCAAACCUCCACCCUCCCUCCUCGAUGCCUAUGCCUAUGGGCAUGGCUGGAGUCCAUCCAAUCAACAGCAUCAGCAGUCUGGAGAGAACUCGAGUGGUGGCACCCUUCAUGGGUAUCAGCCCAAUCCCAGGAGCUGACAGGUUCCCCUACCCCGCCUUCCACUGGGACCCAAUGAGGGAUGCCUACAGGGGCCUAGACAUUCACAGACGGGACCCUCUGACCAGGGACCUGUUGCUAAGGAAUGACCCUCUGCACCGGCUGACAGCACCACGUCUGUACGAGGCUGAGCGUUCCUACAGGGACCGUGAGCCUCAUGACUUUAACCGUGACCACCCCCACCCUCUGGCCCUGGAGCAGAGAAGGGAACAGGAGCGUGCCCAGAUGGAGGAGCGCGACCGCCUCAACAUGCUCAGAGAGGACUAUGAGCAUGGGCGCCUCCACCCAGCAAUGCACCAUCCAGCCCUUGACGGACACAUGCCCCACCCUGCUCAGGGCCUCAUGGCCCCUGGACUUCCAGGCAUGCACUACUCCAGAGUCAGCCCCUCAGCUGCAGCAGCAGCAGCAGCAGCAGCUGCCGCCGCUGCCCAUCAGAACGGUAUCCUGAACAAAACACCACCCACAGCCUCUCUGAGUGCCCCGCCACCGCUCAUCCCCACACUGGGCGCCCGCCCAGGCUCACCCAGACGGACUACUCCCAUGGCCACAGAUAUCAGAGACAGACCGGCUCACAAAGACAUUGAGGCACGGUGAGCUGAGCCUCAGUAGACUCAGUGCCCCUGCAGCCCUGUGCCUCACAUACACUGAACUCACACCAAGCACUUAGC